GCUUGAACACUACUUUAGGAGAAGACAUGAAAACGAGAGGAUACCAAGUCAUACUACUUGUCUUAUGUGCACAUUUUAUCUCAGUUACUGCUUUGGAAGAAGAAAUAUCCGAUUCUGCGUUUGUUUCCAAUACAGAGGGAAGGUGUGAUAACUGCAGUGUAUCUGCCAGUCCUGGCACCUAGUUAAACAGCAUUUCCGACCGACAGCUUGUCUGUCAGCAAUCGACGCUGCAAGGAGCACUUUCGAUGGCAAAGAAAGGACGUUAUUUUUAGGGAUUUAUUCAUGUUUUGUAUGAAGUGUGUAUGGUUCUGUUGUAGGAGGACACUGUCAGGCAAUGAAAGCUUAUAUAUUAAGAUGUUUUAAUAGGAUAAUUGGAUGUAAAUGCAUGCCGAACAUUUCCAAGAACUGAGAAUGUUAGAAGAAUUAAAACAUAAAUGCAAAAGUCAACAAAGAAUAAAAAAUGCAAUUAUAUUUUGCUUUAAGAAUGAUAAAAAUGUGGAAAUCGUUUAAAAUCCGUGAGCAAUGAAUCAAACUUAUUUUUAUACGGAAGAAUAUAUGGUUAUAUUUAAUAUACAAGUGUGAAUCUACAAUGUUGAUGUGUGUUGCAAUGGACAUUGUCCGUGCAUAUUUGUCUCCUGCUGGCCGUUUUGCACGGUCCCAUUGUGACAGACUCCACAGCCCGCAUUCCGAUAAAUUAAGAGAGAAAGAAGCUGGAAAGGGAAGAGAAGAAAGAUGUACAGAUUAUACCUCUUUAAAUAUGUCUUUCAUAACUAGUUCUGCAACUUUCCCGAAUGUGUUACUACUGAAUUUCAGCAACUAAGUUAAAGAGUUAAGUAGCCUUAAAUGCUCCCUUUCCCCCGCAUUCUUUGCACAGAUAAUUUUCUCGAGCUAAUACCGAGUUUACGCAAAGAGCGCAGCGGGUCCGUCAGCGCCAGGUUUUCUCUACGGAAGCCGUCUGAUCCCGAUGACGAUGUUUGUUACAUCGUCACUGGAGACCCCGAGUCCCUCAAGGAGUGCGACUUCAACACAACCUCUAAGACUUUUCUGGUGAUCCAUGGAUGGACGGUGAGUGGGCUGUUUGAGGGCUGGGUUGGCAGGUUGGUGGCUGCUCUCUAUGAGCGGGAGCCCAGCGCAAAUGUGAUUGUAGUUGACUGGCUCAGCACAGCCCAGAACCAUUACAUAGUUGCUGCUCAUAAUACAAAGAUGGUGGGACAAAAUAUUGCGAAUUUCAUAAACUGGAUGGAGAAAACAACACAUUUGUCCCUCGAUCACCUCCACCUCAUUGGCUACAGUCUCGGUGCCCAUGUUGCUGGGUUUGCUGGAAAUCAUGUGUCCAAUAAAAUUGGGAGGAUCACUGGUCUCGAUCCUGCCGGACCUGACUUUGAAGGGGCACAUGCUCACCAGCGCCUGUCCCCGGAUGACGCCCACUUCGUCGACGUGCUCCACACUUUUAACCGUGGAUCUCUGGGUCUGAGCAUCGGUACCCAGCAGCCAGUGGGCCAUGUGGAUUUUUAUCCCAAUGGGGGCAGUUUUCAGCCAGGGUGCAACUUACGGGGGGCCCUGGAAAAGAUCGCAAAAUUUGGCAUAUUUGCUAUUAACGACGCAGUGAAGUGUGAGCAUGAAAGGUCCGUGCACUUGUUCAUCGACUCGCUGCUGCACAAGCAGGAGGCCAGCCAGGCGUAUUUCUGCGGCAGCCCGGACAUGUUCGAGCGCGGCGCCUGCCUCUCCUGCCGCAAGAGCCGCUGCAGCACCAUGGGCUACGACGUGGGCGGCGCCCGCCAGGCGCGCAGUGCUACUAUGUUCACCAAAACACGGGCAUCCAUGCCCUUCAGAGUCUAUCACUACCAGUUGAAAAUUCACUUCUCCAGUAAUCUGAAUUGCUCUGGAGUGGAGCCAACAUUGACGGUUUCCCUCCAUGGAGCCAAUGGAGAUGCCAAGGACCUUCACCUGAACAUAAAUGAGAAGAUUGCGGGCAACAACACACACUCUUUCUUGCUGGUGACCGAGAAGGACAUUGGAGAAUUGCUGAUGAUUAAGCUUAAGUGGGAGAAUCGCAGCAAGUGGACGACGUCCUUUAUGCUAAAGAUGGUGUCUUCCUGGUGGCCAGGAGAUUCCACUCUCGGCUCCGACAUGGAAGUCCACAAGAUCCGCGUCAAAGCCGGCGAGACACAGAAAAGGAUGGUUUUUUGCCUAAAAAAUCCUGAAACGCCUGGGGUAUCACAAGAGCUCUCAUUCGUUAAAUGUAAGGAAAGCUGGAAAUUCCACUCAAAAAGGCGUGGCCUAAGGAGACAGUGAUGAUUACAUCUGCCUGUCUUCACUGGACCAAAUACCUCAUGCAGAAGCACUUGGAAAGUCAUCCAUGUGGAUGUAACUAAUUUAUUCUUAUUUGUUGCAAGAAUUCAAUUCAGAAUAUUAAAUAUAUAAAUACAUGACAAAUAUAUGGAUAUAUACUAGCAUGUUUUAAUUUACUGGUUUGUGGUUAGCAAGCGACCAUCAUAGGAAGAUUGGAUGAGUGUAGCUGUUUUGUAACAGUGCAAUUUUGACUUGUUAUCAUUAUUAGGCAAGUGCUCUUUUCUUCUUACUUAAGCAACAUUGACACAAUAUCUGUGUCCAGAGUUCAGCUGUUGGCAGAAAAAUUGUUGUGUAAGUUACAGAAAUAAGAGGGAAACAUGAGGCACAUGGAGAACGACGGAGAGGUGCAUGCUGCUGAGGUGACUUUCUGAAGGCGAGUGACGCCUGGGCACGGCGCAGUCUGGCUGCAUGCUGUGCUGACUGUGCAAGCAGGAACGGCGGCGUGUGAGCAUGCGUGCAGGUCUCUGCUCGUGGCCGGGAUGCAGCGCUGCACAGUGCGGUGUCACCUCCGUCGGCACAUUCAGCUCUCUGCCGUAUCCGGCUGCAUUCUGCUGCAGGUGUUGGUGUGAAAGCUGUGACUGUGACUUGUAGAGAUAUAGGGAAUAAUUUGUGCAUGUUAAACUGGACAUUCGUUUCCAGAGAGUUACUAUUAAAUAAAUCUGAUAAAUAUUAUUUUGGAUAGGAAAAAUGUGAAAAACCAAAAUUAACGUAAUACGGUGUUGGGGGUGUUUGUGAUUGUUUUAUGUUAUGGUUAUGCAUUAUGUUAUGGUUAUGCAUUCUGCAUAAAUCGGUAUCCAUCAUGGCGUCGAAAUGAGGUCUGUGAUGUAGCAAUGCUGCAAAUUCAGUGGCGGGAAAAGAGUUUUUAUACUUUUUAUAUACAAUGGACACAUACAGUAAUGAUGGUUCCAUCAGUUGAGCAGAUGAAGAUUAAGCUGCGUUUGUCCAGAUCAAAGGAGAUCACAAAUUAGGGAAGAAGCUGGAAAAUGUUAAUACCAUGUAUUGGCAUUUGUGGGCGUUGUAACGGUACCACUUACUGUUUGCCUUGAAAGCUGCAAUUGAUAAAUGAGCUAAAAAUGGGUUAUUAAUUGUCAUAAUCUUGAUGUAUAUAAUUUAAGAAUUAUAUUUGCUGCUGGUGAACCCAUAUAUGGUCAUGUAAAGUAUAUAAAAAUAUUUAUAUUUAAUUUUAAAAAAAUGCCUAUUUAAGAUGAAAGUGUUUUUUCUAGGUAGAAAAUAUAUAGAAGAUGGGAAAAUACUUCUUUCCCUAAGGCACUUAAAGCCGACUUUGGUGGAACUUCAUGACAAUGUGUUCUCAUAACUCUGAAUGUCAGGCCGUCAUGUGAGAAAAGUGUAUCUUGUUCCUGCUAAUAAAUAUCUUCCCUUCAUCCA